AUGAGGUCUAGCACCGCCAGCGAAUGCUCAAUGAACAGCAGCCUUCGGUCUAACAACCGUCGGUCCACGAUGCGCCAUAGCACGGGAUCUAUAAGCGGUGGAAUGGACGUUUCCCAGCGUUUGAUCGACCAGCUUACCAAGUCUCAAAGGCACUUGCUACAAGUCCCGCUAGGAGCUUCUGUACGCAGUUCGCAAGGUAGCGCUGCUAGCGCUGGAAGCAACAUCAGUCCCAAUGCUAGCGAUAGUCUAGGAGCACUGGAUGCUUCUACUAGUCUAGAGUUUGGCUUGUUGCCAGAAGAACCUCCCUUUCAAGACGAGCACAGCUGCAGCGAUCAUUCCAUGCAGAGAAGCAGUGGAGGCACUCCAAGACGCAGGAGUUUAUCCUUAUCCCUAACCCUAGACAAGAUUGAGGAGGGCUUGGUGGCAGAGGAAAGAUCUAGACAGUUUGCCAAUAGCAUUGGCAGUAGUUGCUCUCAGUCAUCACAAUCACAAUCACAAUCACAAGCUUCUUCUACCAUUAACAGUAACACUAACAAUAAAAUCAAGCAAGAUCAAGAACAGUUCAAGCAAGAGCCAGAACAAGAACAGCAUCAGGAAACACUGGUACCACUUUGGAGAAACCCUCAUCUUUGCAUGGUGCUGCUGGUCUGGCUGGCAUUGGCUUGCGCUGUCAUUGUUCCUACACAUUUCCUUUUACAGCAGCAACAGCAACACUAUGUCAUGGACACACAAACUCAAACAGAGUUCUUGCACGCACAGACACAAACACAAACACAAACACAAACACAGGCACCUUCUACCAGCUCUUUCAACUCCCGCACCAACAUCCUACAAGAGCAUUCAAGCAAUGACAAUGACAAUGACAAUGACAAUGCAGACCCCAUCCAUGCUCUUUUAGCUCAAUCCUUUCAUCAUGCUUCCAGUCAGACGCUGCAAACGGCCGUGACAGAACUCCAACGUCUCAGCUUGGAAAUGACAUACUUUGCAGAGGCUACCAACACACAGUGGCCACUCGUGCCGCCCAAUACAUACUUCCAAACGGUCGCGCAAAUGACUACCAACAGCAAGAGCAACAUCAACACCAACAAUAGUCCCCUCACGGCCAUUGGAUUUGCACCCAUUGUGCGCAAUCAGCAACAAAGAAACCAAUGGGAAAACAUGACACUGGCCAGAACUGAUGUUGCAAGGGCCAAUACCAUAUACACAUUCCAAAACGAUAACGAAAACGAUCAAGACGAUCCCAGAUUGGUAUCCCAAAAAGGACCUCCUCCCUUUGCUCCUCUUUGGCAUUUGGCAGGAUCGCAACAACGGGAUGAUGGAGAUGCACGUGUGCACCAGGAUAUUCCCGUCAACUGGGAUGUGUUGUCACAUCCUGUUUUUGCAAGACAGUGGCAGCAACUGCAGCUACUGCAAAACCAAACCUCAACAAACAUUCCAGUCGUCAUGUCCGAUAUUGUGCGGGCAAACGAGCUGCCCUGGGAAAAACACGACAACGAUAGUGCGGGAUGGAAGACGAUCAUUACACUUCCCGUAUGGGAUGCACAGCAAUCGCAACCACGGGUCAUGAGGGGAGUUGUAUUUGGGGUCGUUUCGUGGGGAAAACUACUCUUGCAGCAGUCCGGCCUGAUAUCACAAUUGGCGCGGGCUGUUGCACCGUCAAAGUCAAACAAUGCAUGGUACACAGCCGCGCUCAUUUCCAAUACGUGCAGCAGUGGAUCUCCGGUGGAGAUUACAGUGGGAACUAUAGAAGAACCUUCCAUGACAGAUCGUAUCAUGAGCAUGGAGAAGUGGCUCUGGACCGAUCCCAGCCUUGACGCAGAAGAAUUGCAAGACGACUUUGACAAUAUCAAUGCUACUAGUACCGAAACUUGCCAUUACCGAAUGUCUGUGCAAACGGCCACAAGCAAAAACGAACGUAAUGUCGACGCACAGGUAUCCACGUUGGAACCCGAACCGCUGACAAACAUGACAACCAAAACCUUUCCACCAGGGACCAUGGCGACGAAUGAAAGCUACCAGUACAGCAACAACGAUAACAACAACGAAGAAGAAGAACAAACAGGCACCAGUGACGGUUCCAUGUCGGCAGCCAUUUGGUGGCCACUUGUCAUGGCCGGAAUGUUCCUCGUCACCGGAGCCAUAGUCUUUGCAAUCUUUGUUACUGUGGUACUGUUGCAUCAACCAGAAGAAGAUUCUAGCAUGAACGAAAAUCAAAGCAAUUCACAGGCAAGCCCCGCGAUAGAAGGAGAUCAGGACACUCACGACGCUUUCUCGUUUUACGAAAUCGAAUGCAACGUCCUAGAGACGAAGGGGAAGGUCGAAGACGACGAUGAACUUACACAAACGGGGCCCUAUUUCGGCGGAUCCAGAAAGACGCAGAUUCUGAGCUUUAUUGAAGAGGUCAACAGAAUGGCAAUCAACAAUCCCAUCGGUCUCCUGACGUCAAAGCCGUUGGCGGAUAUCUUUCUGAAUACAACGAUUAUGUACGGUGACAUUUCCAUGUUCACAGCCUGGAGCUCAACACGAGAUCCGACAGAGAUUUUUAGACUUUUGGAAGUUAUCUACCAGGCAUUCAACGAGAUCGCGGUGGCCUCCGACAUUUUGACACUCGACGCAAUUGGAGAUUGCUACGUGGCUUGUGCCGGAAUUUCAACGGAGAAACAACAGCAUGCUAUCAAAAUGGCGAACUUUAGCCUCCAGGCAGUGACCGUAAUGAAGAAAGUGACCUCUGCCCUUGAAAUUACGUUUGGCCCCGAUACUUCGAAGCUUGACCUUCGGGUUGGCCUCAAUUCUGGGCCAGUGACUUUAGGUGUGCUUCGUUGCGCAGGGCGUAGUCGCCUUCAGUUGUUUGGCCACAACGUCGAUCUAGCCGCCAAGAUGGAGAGCACCGGGCAAGCUGGGCGGGUGCACAUUUCUCCUGAAACUCAAAAGCUACUCGAAAUGGCUGGCAAAUCAAACGCUUGCAUCCCAAGGAAAGAGAAGGUGAAGCUGCAAGAGUAUGAUCAGCCAUGCCAGACGUAUUGGCUUGUGGACCAGUCUUUGGAGUCUUCCACACACGCCGUUCAAGCCCGCGGCGUGGCCCAAACGAUCACGGUCAAAUCGGUGAAUACUUUUUUAAACGCUGCUGGUAGCUUCAUGCAGGAUGUAUCUCAGGACGAACAGGACGUGGACAAUGUCUUUCGCGGUGACCACCGACGUUUGAUUGAUUGGAACGUGGACCGGCUUCUUGAGGUGCUGAAGAAACUCGUGGCAAAGAGAAGAUCUCUCGGUUUGCGGACUCAUGCAUCAGGGGAUAUGCAAACCAUGGAACGUCUAUCCGACAACGCAACUGUUAUGGACGCAGUACAGGAAGUAAUGGAUUUACCCGAGUACUGGGCCAAUGAUGAGGCCACUGAUUUCGAGGCCAUUGAAAUCAAUGCUGAUGUCGUGACCGAGUUGUACGAACUCGUCACCAUCAUCAGCACGUUGUACAGGAAAAAUCCGUUUCACAACUUCGAGCACGCUUCACAUGUAGUCCAAUCUGUAAUCAAACUCAACACACGCAUUGCUUCUCAGGACGGCCUAUGGGACGACACAAUGCCUGACGAGCCGUACUCCAAAGAAAACAGCUUUAGCUACAUUGCUUCGGAUCCCCUCGUCCAGCUUGCCUUCAUCUUUAGCGCACUCAUUCAUGACCUGGAUCACACUGGAGUCUCCAAUGACCAGCUCGUCAAAGAAGGGGCUCGCAUUGCGCGAAUCUACAAGAACGAAAGCGUGGCAGAGCAGAACAGCUACGACGUUGCCAUUGACCUGUUGAUGGAGCCCAUGUAUUCUUCCCUUCGACGCCUCAUCUUUGCCACGGAAGGAGAAAUGCAGUUUUUCCUUCAGCUAACUAAACAGGCCGUGAUUGCAACCGAUAUCAUGAACAAGAAUCUCAAGGAUCUUCGAAAUGCUCGCUGGGAGAAGGCUUUCGCAAAGCCAGAGGAAGAGAAGUACCCUGAAAAGGAGGAGCACCCUCGUUUGGAAGUCAACAGGAAGGCCACGAUUUUCAUUGAGCACCUAAUCCAAGCCAGUGAUGUCAGUCACACUAUGCAACACUGGCACAUCUUUCGAAAGUGGAAUCAAAAUCUUUUCGAAGAGAUGUACGAGGCAUACAAAGAAGGGCGAGCAUCGAAAGACCCUUCCACAUUUUGGUACAAAGGGGAGAUUGGAUUCUUUGACUUCUAUAUCAUUCCUCUAGCUAAGAAGUUGAAGGACUGUGGAGUGUUUGGUGUUUACAGCGACGAGUAUUUGAACAAUGCAAUUCGGAACAGAAACGAGUGGGAACUGAAGGGCCAAGAUAUUGUCGCACACAUGAUAAUGGAGUGCCAACGACGACAAAUGGCUCAAGCUCAGAAGACUCUGAGCGAAGCGCGGGCAUUGUUGCAGGAGACCCGGCAAGCCAGCAGCGGCAGAACUUCAGCGACCUCUUUAUCGUCUUCGGGAGAUCAUGUAGUUGAACAAGGAGCCCAGACACAGUUGCCCACUGGCUAG